UGGCGGAAGUAGCUGGAGAGAGACCGGCGAACGCCCGCUGGCAGAAGGCGCAUGCGCCCGCGCCUCAGUGCUCUCUAGGUCUUUGGCGUGGGGAGUCCCAAGUCCUCCUGCUUCUGCCCCUUCCCCCCACAGUUUCAACCGCUCACCUCCUUCCCCCACCACGAGAGCAGAGGUUACGCCAUCUUGUUCCCCCCACCCACCCAUUCACGGCCUCAGUCGCCCACUCUCCUUUGCUACACUCCCCUCCCCCCCACCCCCGGAAGAGUGUCCUGGGCAGCCGCGGCGGGAACAGCACCAGCUUCGGCCGUCCCCACCUCCGCGGCGCGGGACUCGCAGCUGUCCGUCUGUCCGUCCGCCCCUCCAAGGGUUCAUUAAAGCAGAGAUGAAUAAUACUGCAGCUAGCCCGAUGUCAGCUAUUGCUACCUCAAGUAGUGGAAGAGCCACAGGGAAAUCAACGAGUUUUGCUCUUGAACUGCAGAGUAUGAUGUUUUCUUUAGGAGACGCUAGAAGGCCACUUCAUGAAACCGCAGUCUUGGUAGAAGAUAUUGUUCAUACCCAGUUGAUUAAUUUGUUGCAGCAAGCAGCUGAAGUUUCUCAGCUACGAGGAGCCAGAGUGAUCUCUGCUGAAGAUCUUCUUUUUCUGAUGCGCAAAGACAAGAAAAAGCUUAAAAGACUGCUGAAAUACAUGUUUUUCCGAGACUACAAAUCUAAGAUUGUCAAAGGUAUAGAGGAAGAUGAUCUUCUGGAAGACAAGUUCAGCAACAGUAGCAAUGUCAACAAAAGGCAGAAAAUAGCCCAAGACUUCCUCCACUCCAUUGAUCAGACAGGAGAACUCUUGGCUAUGUUUGAAGAUGAUGAGAUUGAUGACAUUAAGCAAGAAAGAAUGGAGAGAGCAGAAAGACAGACUCGAAUGAUGGAUGCAGCUCAAUAUGCAGAAUUUUGUGAAAGUCGACAGUUAAGCUUCUCCAAAAAAGCUUCCAAGUUCCGAGACUGGUUGGAUUGUAGCAGUAUGGAAAUCAAACCAAAUGUUAUUGCCAUGGAGAUUUUGGCCUAUUUAGCAUAUGAGACGGUGGCCCAGUUGGUGGAUCUGGCCCUUCUGGUUAGGCAAGAUAUGGCGCCCAAAGCAGGUGACCCCUUCAGCCAUGCCAUUUCUGCUACUUUCAUACAGUACCACGCUUCUGCUGAGCCACAUCUCUUCGGGUCAAGUUCUGGCAUGAAAUCCAGCCCUGAUUCCCCUGAAAAUACGCCUCCUCCUACACCAACUGCUCCAACAUCUGGACCACAACACCCAGGGAAAAACCAGUCAGGGACUUUGGGGAAUGGGAAUGUUGGACAAGACUCGGCUAAAACAAAGCAAAGGAAGAGGAAGAAGAGCACGGCAGCCUGUGGUAUCGAGGCUCAAAGCGAUGCCAUCCAGCCCAGCCACAUCAGAGAGGCCAUUCGACGCUAUGGCCACAAGAUUGGCCCCGUUUCCCCAUUCACAAGUGCCUACCGCAGAAAUGGAAUGACUUUCUUAGCCUGCUAAUGCAGCCGUGGAUAUGUCUACAGCAACAGGAAGGCAACAUUCUAUUGAGGUGAUUGUUUUUGCCCAGUCGGUGGAGAGGAGAUGGGGCAGAAGUACAGGUUGAGUUCUCCGUCUGCUAAGGGCCUGCUGGUUUGUUGUGACUAUCAGCAGGCUGACUCCAGCCCUUUUCCAGCCCCCUCAAUCAUUACUCUUGUUUACCAGAGGGAUCAUUGAGCUAAUUAAUGGCAGGAUGUUUGGGACGGUGUGUAGGUGGACAAGAAUGCAAAUCACACAAUUUUGAAAUUUGCCGUAGAUUUACUGCUGUGGGCUCCCCUGUCUAAAGAACCAUGGUGUGUGUGUGUGUGUCUGUCUGUCUGUCUGUCUGUGUGUCUGUGUCUCUGUGUCUGUGUCUGUGUGUGUGUGAGUGAGUGUGUUGAGCCUGCAUAUUUUCAUUGAUACAUUUUGCAAUCCAACUUUGGGACAAAAAGAAGAGAAAAAAAAACAGCUACAACAACUUUUCUUUUUGAUUUUCAUUUAUGAUAUCUCCUUUCUUUAAAAUGAAUGUCCAUAUUGGGAAUAGUAAUGCUCAGACCUUACUCAUCCAUCUGGCCCUGUCCCUUUCUGACUCUUAAUUUCUCUUCCCUCAGUCUCUCUACUCUCACCACGGUUUAAUUUCUCUGCCUCCUUCCUUCCCUCCUGCAUUUCUUCCAGCCAUUCUUCCUAGUUUUCUCUUUUAUAACAUUUAUUCUCACUCUCAAAUCUAAGAUUGGAAAAUGGUACCAUUUCAGGAUUCACCAAGGCCGGGAGGACAUUAGAGAAGGAAAAUUAUUGAUAGAAGUAUGGGAUACAGGCCUUGAAAGGCCUAUCCAGAGGGCUUGAUUUUAUCCAUUUAUCUAUUUCCUACCGGUGGCUCUAUAUUUUACCCUUCACUUAACAUGCUUUCUAAACUAAAAAUUAUUGUUAUAUGUUUAAAAAAUAAUGUUGGUUCCCUAUCAGUUUGUAACACUUGUAAUUCUUUCUGAUUGAACUUGUUACCAAUACUCAUAGAACUUGGGUAAGAGGAAAUUUGUCCUCAAUUGUGUAUUUUUCACAAUUCUGUGUUUAUCAUUUCUGUAUGCUUCUAAGAAACCUUUGUGAAGAAUGAAUAAAAGUGAGAAAAAAAAUCAUU